AUGUCUUCCCAGUUAUCAAACACAUCCUUUAAGUUCAUUGCACUGGGUGCCGGUAAUGAGGUUGGUCGUUCGUGCCAUAUUCUCAGUUACAAAGGGAAGACCAUUAUGUUAGAUGCAGGUGUUCAUCCAGCCUAUCAAGGAAUGGCUUCUCUUCCCUUUUAUGAUGAUUAUGACCUAUCAACUGUUGAUAUUUUGCUAAUAUCCCAUUUCCAUUUGGAUCAUGCUGCAUCAUUACCUUAUGUUAUGCAAAGGACAAAUUUUAAAGGUAGAGUGUUUAUGACCCAUCCCACAAAAGCAAUAUAUAGGUGGCUACUAAGGGAUUUUGUACGUGUCACAAGUAUUGGGGAAAAUAGUAUACUUGAUAAAGACGAUAAUCUGUAUACAGAUGAAGAUCUAGUAGAGUCCUUUGAUAAAAUCGAAACGAUUGAUUUUCAUUCAACAGUGGAUGUCAACGGUAUAAAGUUUACUGCUUUCCAUGCAGGUCAUGUUUUAGGAGCAGCAAUGUUUCAAAUUGAAAUUGCAGGUUUAAAAGUAUUAUUUACGGGUGAUUAUUCGAGAGAAUUAGAUAGACAUUUAAAUUCGGCAGAGGUACCUCCAUUACCUUCAGAUGUGCUAAUUGUUGAAUCUACGUUUGGUACAGCAACUCAUGAACCUAGACUCAAUAGAGAAAAGAAAUUGACUCAAAUAAUACAUUCUACGGUUGCCAAAGGUGGUAGGGUACUAAUGCCAGUAUUUGCGCUUGGAAGAGCUCAAGAAUUGAUGUUAAUCUUAGAGGAAUAUUGGACUCAACAUGCGGAAGAACUUGCCGGCAAUCAAGUCCCUAUUUACUAUGCUUCAGAUUUGGCCAGAAAAUGUAUGAAUGUAUUUCAAACUUACGUUAACAUGAUGAACGAUGACAUUAGAAAGAAGUUUAGAGAUUCACAGACCAAUCCAUUUAUAUUUAAACAUAUCUCAUAUCUGAAAAACUUAGAUGAAUUUCAAGAUUUUGGACCAAGUGUUAUGCUAGCAUCGCCUGGUAUGUUACAGAGCGGUAUAUCGCGAGAUUUAUUAGAGAAAUGGUGUCCAGAAGAGAAGAACCUUGUUUUAAUUACUGGUUAUUCUGUUGAAGGUACUAUGGCAAAAUAUAUUAUGUUGGAACCUGAUACUAUCCCAUCCGUUAAUAACCCAGAUAUUACAAUACCCAGACGUUGUCAAGUUGAUGAGAUAUCUUUUGCUGCGCAUGUUGACUUCCAAGAGAAUCUUGAAUUCAUUGAAAAAAUCAAUGCUACAAACAUCAUUCUUGUUCAUGGUGAAUCAAAUCCAAUGGGUCGUUUAAAAUCUGCCUUAUUAUCUAAUUUUGCUUCAUUAAAGGGUACACCAGAAGAAGUUCACGUUUACAAUCCAAGAAAUAGUGUAGACGUUGUCCUAGAAUACAAGGGUGUAAAGGUUGCUAAGGCACUUGGAAAUAUAGUUGACGAGAUACAAAGAGAAGGUGUCGACAAUCUGAUUCCAGAAGAACCUUUAUCUGAAAACAUCAAACCAGAGAGUACUGAAGGCAAAGUAGACGCGACGACGACUCAAAAUAAACAAGAUGAUAUUGUGGUGUCUGGGAUACUUGUAUCUGACGAAAAGAACUUUGACUUAAACCUUGUUUCAUUGACAGAUUUGAGAGAACAUCAUACAGAACUGUCGAGUACAAUUUUAAAAGAGAGACAGAUGAUAUCUGUAAAUUGUAAACCAGAGUUAAUUUAUUGGCAUAUAUGCCAAAUGUUUGGCGAUGUAGCUGUCCUGGAGGAUACUGAAAAUGUGACGAUACAAGUAAAGAAAGAGUCUAAAGAAGCUCCAAAGGAAGCCUCAGAGAACAGUAUACAAAGUCUUACGUUACAGGUAAUGGGGGGUAUUAAAAUAUUUAUUAGAGAUGGCGUUGCUACAGUAGAAUGGACACAAGAUUUGAUAAGUGAUACAGUUGCAGAUUCCAUUAUUGCGAUUCUAAUGAGUGUUGAUUCUGCUCCAGCAAGUGUAAAAAUGAGCAGUAAGACAUGUUCCCAUGAUCAUGAGAACAGUGAAUAUUUAGAAGAAUUGGAAUCAGAAAAAAAUGAAGCUUGGAAAGUAAAGCAAGUUGUGGAACUCUUUCGGGAGCAUUUCGGUGAAUCCUUCGAACUUGCGAUGGACGAUAAGGAAAUUAUUAAGGGCAAAAUUACGAUGGGUAAAAAUAAUGCAGAGAUUAACUUUUCUGAGAUGAAGAUUGGGGAAUGUAAUUCCAAUCCGUUGAAAGGUAGAGUUGAGAGUAUAUUAAAUAUAGGUGCAGACUUAGUUGCUACUCUCUGUUGA